UUAGCAUAAUACCUGGCCUAUAGUAGGAACUUAAUAAAUGUUUACUGAAUUUAAUUUCAACAUUUUACAUGUGAUUAAGCAAAGGCCCAAGUUGAUAAAGAUGCUUGACAAGGUCACAUAGGUAAUGAGGAUCAGAGAGCCAGGACUUGAAUCCAAUCCUCUGACACCAGAACUAGAACAAGGUCCCUUACACUAUGCUACAUUUGCUACUGAUCAGCAAUAAUUAUCCUCCUAUGCCUAUCUGAGCUGCUCCAUAUAUUACAUUUUCUUCCUGUUUCAUUUUGGAUGUAAAAAAUUACUCUGAUAUCUCUGUAACUGGCUGUUUCAAGAUAAAGAAAACAUAAGGAAAAGAGACUAAACACUAUGAUUUAAUUCAGUAAAUAACUAAGAUUCAAAAAUAUUUCUCAGCUGUCAUACUUGACUAUCUCUGUCACAGGAGGAUGUGGAAAAAUCAAACACUGAUCACAGAGUUUAUCAUUGUGGGAUUUCAUGUCAGCUCAGAAAUACAGAUAUUCCUCUUUGUGCUCUUCUUGUUUUAUGCUAUCACUCUUGUGGGGAAUGGCAUCAUCCUGGGACUCAUCUGUCUGGACUCCCAUCUCCAUAUUCCCAUGUACUUCUUCCUCUCACAUCUGGCCAUUCUCGACAUGUCCUAUGCCUCAAACAAUGUACCCAAGUUGCUUGUGAAUCUAUUGAACAGGGGUGGAGCUAUCUCCUUUGCUCCCUAUAUAUUGCAAAUGUAUUUGUAUAUGGCCUUGGCCACUGUAGAGUGUUUUAUCUUGGUGGUGAUGUCCUAUGAUCGUUAUGUGGCAAUCUGCUAUCCUCUCAGAUAUGCUGUCAUCAUAAGCUGGAGAGUGUGCAUUACUCUGACCACCAUUUCCUGGGCAUUCAGCUUCCUCCUUACUCUGGUCCAUAUGAUUCUUAUUUUGAAGCUGCCCUUCUGUGGACCCCGGGAAGUCAACUACUUCUUCUGUGAGAUCCUGUCUUUGUUCAAGCUUGCUUGUGCUGAUACUAGGUUUAACCAGCUAGUUAUCUUUAUAAUGGGUGUGUUUGUCCUAGUUGGCCCUCUCAGCUUAAUCCUGAUCUCCUACAUGCGCAUUCUCUAUGCCAUCCUUAGGAUCCAGUCUAAGGAAGGUAAGAAGAAAGCAUUCUCUACCUGCUUCUCCCACCUCUGUGUAGUCGGGCUCUUCUAUGGUAGUGCCAUCAUACUAUACAUGACCCCCAAAACCAGCCAUCCUGAGGAGCAGCAGAAAAUCCUCUCCUUAUUUUACAGUCUCUUUAACCCUAUGCUGAAUCCCUUGAUCUAUAGCCUGAGGAAUGCAGAGGUGAAAGGUGCUCUGAAGAGACUAUUGGGGAAGGAAAGCCCUUCCUAAAACAUGUAACUUGUUCAUAACCAAGUCCAAUUCAUUGUUAUUCUUGGUGCUAUUUCACCG